AUGAACGGCUAUCCUCGAGUGCUCCUCUUCGAUAUCGGAGGCGUAUGCGUCGUCUCGCCAUUCCAAGCAAUCUUGGACUAUGAGAAGAAGAAGGGAAUACCACAAGGAUAUGUAAACUAUUGCAUUUCAGCCACGAAUCCCUCGGGAGCAUGGCAGAAGCUCGAGCGCGGCGAUAUCCUGUUAGAUGCAGGCUUCUUCCGCGAAUUCAAAAGCGAUCUCUCCAACGAGAAACGCUGGCGAGAAUACUACGCCCGAGACCUGGCCAAGAAACGCAACGAGAAGCUCAGCGAUGCAGCGGAGGAAGCUGCUUUUCAAGCACCUCCUGUCCCAGACAUUGAUGCUGAAUGGCUAUACUGGGAGAUGAUGCGGAUAGCUCGGGAACCAGAUCCACACAUGUGGCCUGCGUUGCAGCGACUGCGAAAGGCGGCGGAUAAGAGCAAGGGCCAGCUUAUACUCGGUGCAUUGAGUAAUACCUCAAUCUUCCCGCCUGAUCACCCUUUCAAUGAUGCUUCGACGCCUGAGGGGAAGCAGAACAAGGAGCUGAAGGGGGUCUUUGAUGUCUUUAUUUCGAGCGCACAUGUCGGGAUGCGGAAGCCUGCACCGGAUAUCUACCAGUAUGCUAUUACGAGGCUGCAUGAGUAUGUCAAGUUGAAUGAGUAUGGGAUGGGUGUGAGACCGCAGGAUAUCACGUUUUUGGAUGAUAUUGGUGGGAAUUUGAGGACUGCGAAGAAGUUGGGAAUGGGAACGAUCAAGGUACAGCUGGGAAGAGCAGAUCUGGCUGUUAAGGAGCUGGAGAAGCUCACUGGGUUGGAUCUUGGUCAGGGAGGUGGAGGUGGAAAAUCUCGUCUGUAG